UGUUUUCGCGCCAACCAGCAGAUGUAUAUGCGUUUCUAAGUUAUACUUCAUUGUUUGCAAGUAGCCUGUGAACUGCGAAAACGUGAAAAAUCGUAUUUAAACGUCAGAAUAUUAAAGUAAUUGUGUCUUGAUCAGUCAAAUAUUUUGAGAUAAAGUGAAGUCACCGCUUUUCAUUGCAUAUUUGUUGUUGAAAAUUAAGAAAAAAAUCCAAACAACAUGAGCACUCCUGCAUUGACAACUGGUUGCUUAAUGCAAAUUAUGACUACCGAAAGCUAUGAAGGCGAGCCAAUUUUACAAGUACUUGGAUCAAAGCGCAUUGCCGGUGGAAACGCUGAACGAUACCGUCUUUUACUAUCCGAUGGACAAUAUUUGCAAAGUUUCUCCAUGUUGUCGACACAAUUGAAUCAUUUGGUAGUCGAAGGACAGUUGCCCGAAUUCUCCAUUAUUCAAGUGAAGCAACACAUCACAUCUGUAGUCAACAAGAAUGAAAACGAUGAGAGUCGACGUGUUUUGAUUAUUGUUGCUUUGGAAAUCUUGAAAUCCGGCACCGAAGUGAAUGGAAAAAUUGGUGACCCAAUCAGUUUGUCUGAUGUCAACAAACAAAAACCGGCUGUAACAUCGGCCGAAUCACCACGAAGCGUUUUGAAUACCAACUCGAAUUCAAAUGCAUUACCACCACAACGUACACAAAAACCAACAACAACAAAUAUGAACGAAUCAGUGUUUGAUGGUCGCGCUACUCUUCCAAUUAGUGGAUUGAGUCCAUACCAGAAUAAGUGGGUUAUAAAGGCUCGUGUCACGGCAAAGGCACCAAUUCGUCACUGGAGCAAUGCCAAGGGCGAAGGUAAAUUGUUCAGCAUGGAUUUGAUGGAUGAAAGCGGACAAAUUCGUGUAACAGCCUUUCGCGAUCUUGUCGACAAAUUCUACGACAUGAUUGAGGUGGACAAGGUGUACUUCUUUUCAAAGGGUCAAUUGAAGCCGGCAAACAAACAAUUCUCUAACAUUCCCAAUGAUUACGAGUUGACAUUGUCGAGCGACAGUGUGAUUCAAGAAUGCAAAGAGGAUCUGGACGAUGUUCCAACAGUGAAAUAUGAUUUCAUCUCGAUCGACAAGAUAUCAGAUAAACAACCAAACACAAUUGUCGAUGUAAUUGGUGUCUGUCGUGACGUUGGCGAGCUACAAGCUUUCACAGCUAAAUCAACGGGAAAGGAAUUGAAGAAACGUGACAUUACUUUGGUUGAUAACACUGAUGCGUCGGUGAAUUUGACCCUGUGGAAUGUUGAUGCCGAAAAUUUCAAUGAUUAUGGUCAACCCGUACUAUUGGUGAAAGGUGGUCGUGUCAGUGAAUUUGGUGGCGGCAAAUCGAUAUCGAUGGUGGGAAGUACAGUUUUGAAGAAAAAUCCCGAUUUACCCGAAGGUCAUUUCUUGCGCGGAUGGUUCGACAAUGGCGGUGGACGUGAAAUUCGCAACAGCAUUUCGGCGCAAGUUGGCGGAGGUGGUGGUAAUUUCAAUACCGAAUGGUUGACAUUCCAUGAAGCCAAAUUGAAGAAUCUUGGAAAUGGUGACAAACCCGAUUACUUCCAAGUUAAAGGCACAAUCCAAGUGAUUCGCAAUCAAAAUCCUGUCUACAAAGCUUGUCCACAAGAUCAAUGCAAGAAAAAAGUGGUUGACAUGCAAAACGGCCAAUAUCGAUGCGAAAAUUGCAACAUUGAAUCAGCCAAUUUCAAGUAUCGCAUGAUUGUUAACAUGAGCAUUGCCGAUUGGACAUCGAAUCGUUGGGCAACAGUAUUUGCGGACGAUGCUGAAAAAAUGCUGGGUAAUUUUGAAUCGCGCAAACUGAAU